AGAUGUCUGAUUGGCGGGCUGUUUAUUCGGUGACCAGCUUCUUUCUAAAAAGAGGGCUGGCCUUACCUGCCUGAAGCCUAUUGGCUGGGUAUACUCUGGGCCCUCCCUCUCCCUCCCCCCACCUUUUCUUUCACAGCACACACCACCACUUAGUCUGUGCGGAAUCCUAAACCAGCCCAAUUUACAUCCAUUCAUGAAUGUGUGACGUCAGCAAGCUUUGAGCUCCUUUGCGGAGGGCCGGAGGAUUGUGUGGGUAGAAUCUCCCUCCCCCUUAUUUUUCCAAUUCUGCAAGGCUCUUUAGAUUAACCUUCCAUCUUUUUAAAGCAAGAAAAUGGAACAGCAUGUGUAGGAAUUCUUCAUUGUUGUUUUGGACUCCCCUCUUGCAUCAGACCGUGGUUGCCAUAGUCCUCUGAGUGUCGCCUCAGGACCUGGGUCACCCUCAUGGCACAAUGGCCAACCCUCAGGAGCACCUGAGCUGCUCCUUUUCACACUUGCCCUUGACUGAGAAUAAAACCUCCAGCGGACAAAAUGAGCCUGCAGCUGUGGGGAACCACCCUUCGCCCAAGCUCCCCGAGGACCCCCAGGAGAAGGCUAUACAGCCAGAGCUGAUGGAUAUCACAGGCAGCCCCGUCUCCACGGCAGUGUUGACCAGUGUAAGCGAGGAUUCCAGGAGCCAGUUUGAGAACAGUGUUCUUCAGCUAAGGGAACAGGAUGAAUCGGAGAUGACUGUGUCUCCGGGGAACAGCAGCACUGUGGAAGGAGAGAGCACGAACGGAACUGAAGACAUCAAGAUUCAGUUCAGCAGGUCAGGCAGUGGCGGGGGUGGCUUUCUCGAAGGGCUGUUUGGAUGCCUCAGACCCGUGUGGAACAUCAUCGGGAAAGCAUAUUCCACCGAUUACAAGCUGCAGCAGCAAGAUACUUGGGAAGUGCCAUUUGAGGAGAUCUCAGAGCUGCAGUGGCUGGGUAGUGGAGCCCAGGGAGCUGUCUUCCUGGGCAAAUUCCGAGCAGAGGAGGUGGCCAUCAAGAAAGUGAGAGAACAAAAUGAGACGGACAUCAAGCAUCUGAGGAAGCUGAAACACCCUAACAUCAUCGCAUUCAAGGGUGUUUGCACUCAGGCUCCAUGCUAUUGCAUCAUCAUGGAGUACUGUGCCCAUGGACAACUUUAUGAGGUCUUGCGAGCUGGCAGGAAGAUCACACCACGGUUGCUUGUGGACUGGUCCACAGGAAUUGCUAGUGGGAUGAAUUAUCUCCAUCUUCAUAAAAUCAUACAUCGUGACCUCAAGUCACCAAAUGUUUUAGUGACUCACACAGAUGCAGUCAAAAUUUCAGAUUUUGGUACAUCCAAGGAACUCAGUGAUAAAAGCACCAAGAUGUCCUUUGCUGGUACAGUUGCGUGGAUGGCACCUGAGGUGAUCCGGAAUGAGCCUGUCUCUGAGAAGGUUGACAUAUGGUCUUUUGGAGUGGUGCUUUGGGAGCUGCUGACAGGGGAGAUCCCCUACAAGGAUGUGGACUCUUCAGCCAUCAUCUGGGGUGUUGGCAGCAACAGCUUGCACCUCCCAGUUCCCUCGACUUGCCCAGAUGGAUUCAAAAUCCUUAUGAAACAGACAUGGCAGAGUAAGCCUCGCAACCGGCCUUCCUUUCGGCAGACACUCAUGCAUCUGGACAUCGCAUCUGCCGAUGUGCUUGCCACCCCACAGGAAACUUACUUCAAGUCUCAGGCUGAAUGGAGAGAAGAGGUGAAAAAACACUUUGAGAAGAUCAAAAGUGAAGGGGCCUGUAUACACCGCUUAGAUGAAGAACUGAUUCGCCGGCGCAGGGAGGAGCUCAGACAUGCUCUGGACAUUCGAGAGCACUAUGAGCGAAAGCUUGAGCGUGCUAACAAUCUGUACAUGGAGCUGAGCGCCAUCAUGCUGCAGCUGGAAAUGCGGGAGAAGGAGCUCCUAAAACGAGAGCAAGCAGUGGAAAAGAAGUAUCCUGGGACCUACAAACGACACCCCGUCCGUCCAAUAAUCCACCCAAAUGCCAUGGAGAAACUCAUGAAAAGGAAGGGUGUGUCUCACAAGGCUGGAGUGCAGACUAAGCGGCCAGACCUGUUACGAUCUGAAGGUAUCCCCAGUGCAGAAGUGGUUCCCACUGCAUCCCCUCUGUCUGGAAGUCCCAGAAUGUCCACCUCAAGCAGCAAGAGCCGAUAUCGAAGCAAACCUCGUCACCGCCGAGGGAAUAGUAGAGGCAGCCAUAGUGACUUUGCAGCAAUCUUGAAAAGCCAGCCAACCCAGGAAGACUCACCACACCCCCCUUACCUGCCUCACACUCAGGCUCCGUGCCAGCCUCUGCAUCAGCAUAAUCCCCUCCAGCAGCAAUACCAGCCACCCGCUUCUGCCCUGCCUCAGAGCCGCCAUCCCAGACUCAAUAUACAUGGGCAGGACAUCGCAACCUGUGCCAAUAACCUGAGGUAUUUCGGCCCAGCAGCAGCCCUGCGGAGUCCACUCAGCAACCAUGCUCAAAGACAGAUGCCUGGCUCCAGCCCUGACCUCAUCUCCACAGCCAUGGCGGCCGAUUGCUGGAGGGGUUCUGAUCUUGAGCAAACCGGACCCUGGGGAUGCUGUCAGACAGAAGCCUAUGAUCCCUGUCUCCAGUGCAGGCCAGAGCAUUCUGGGUCUUUAGCUAUUCCCACCACUGAGCCAGUGGGAAACAGCCCAGACUAUUCAAGUUCACCAGCACACAAUCCUCUUUCAGGAAACGCCCAGGGCUCCACGAGAAUGGAGGCAAAUGGAUUCAAUGGCUGUCAGUCUGGUAUUUCUCAUCAAUUCACACCCCCAGUGCUACCUCAAAAGACAAGACCCCUUCAAAAGAGUGGAGACGACUCCUCGGAGGAAGAAGGAGAAGUGGACAGUGAAGUGGAGUUUCCUCGAAGACAGAGACCUCACCGUUGUAUUAGCAGCUGCCAGUCAUACUCAACCUUUAGCUCCGAGAACUUCUCUGUGUCUGAUGGAGAGGAAGGGAACACUAGUGACCACUCGAACAGUCCCGAUGAGUCAGCUGACAGACGGGAAGACGGCCUGGCAGAGAAACUAGAUGACCUGCUGUCCCAGACACCUGAGGCCCCCAUUGAGAUCUCCUCCCACUCAGACGGGCUCUCUGACAAGGAGUGUGCUGUCCGGCGUGUGAAGACACAGAUGUCCCUGGGCAAGCUGUGCGCAGAGGAGCGUGGCUACGAGAACGCUGUGCAGUUUGGAGACUCGGACUGUGACUCUUCAGAGGGAGAAUGUUCUGACGCCACUGUUAGGACCAGCAAGAACUACAGCUCUGCCACUUGGUGACAAGUGCUCUCCAUCAGAUCUCUCAAGACGCUGGCAUCUUGAAUCCUCUCCAGCUCUAGACUCCUCCCUCCUGCAUUCGUCUGGAAGGAGUGACCCAAUCCCAGAAACAAGCCACACUGACAGGAACACGAGAUUUGUUAAAUCUCUGGGGAAAUACCCAAAUGAUACUACGUCUCACUGAGCGUUCAAUCAGGGAUGGCAGGGAUCUACUGUACCGGAUCCUCCAGCUACUAUAACAUUGAUAUUUAUUUUUGUUGGACAUUUUAACACUUUGUAUUGUAAAGAGUGAACUAUAUAUGAUACACAGACACAAUAAUUUCUUUACAAAAAAAAAAAGGAAAGAGUCUUUAGAAGCAACACUUAGAAUUUAUGGGGCUAAGAGGUGUCCCUGUAGCUUGAACAUAGGACCAGGUCUUUCGUCCAUGCUUGAAGAGUUGUAAUGAGACAAACUGAGCAUUUAAAACACAAUCCAAAGGAAAUGCAGCCACAUUACAUUCAACUGCUUGUCCAUGUUAGGGACAGAAAUGACCUGGAAGUUGAGUGAUCUCAUGGCUCCAAAGUGUCGGAGGGCAUGUGCUUCCUCUAAGAGGGAAAAGCAAACCGAACUGUGACUGCAUGUCUGCAAGCAGUUUCAGCUCUUACCCACUAAGCAGAAUCUGGCAGGAAAGUCUACAGUAUCAUCAAGCCUUGCUCUUAGCAAAUGCUUCCUUUCAGAGGCUGCCACUGUCACAACCUUGACCAGUGUGGUCUUUCAGACUUGUGUGCCAUCCUCUCAACUAGCUCCCUUUCUGUCCCCCUGUUGGCCACUUCUGUCAGGAAGAGGAAGGGGUCCUGAGUGGGAUAAAGGGGUAGAAAAAAGAGCAUCUAUGACAUUAGGAAAACAGGCCUGUAAACUUCCUUUUCAGGGCGGCUGUUCGGCUAUACAAGCAGAGGGCACAACUCCUCCCUGGACCCAGGUGAUCUAUCUACUGGAAUCAUAUUGAUUCACACAGAAGGCAGCUAGCAUGUGUGUGUCCAGUGUCCAGUCCCAAACCAUCUUUAUUUUUGUUCAUGAUCUUAUUCUAGCUUUGAGGGCUGUCUAUUACUGUAGCAUAAAAGGCAAAGGAAGCAGUUUGCAGAAAGGCAAACCGAGAACUGUUUGUAAAAAUGCAGGUGUUUUGUUUUUUUGUUUUGUUUUGUUUAUUCUGAAUCACCACAGUUUUCUUUACUUGGGUUAGGAAAUUUGUAGAACAGCUGAUGCUAAGCAGGAAUUAGGAUUACUUUAGUAUCUCAAAAACACGUGAUUCUUCCUGUAUCCAGAGUCCUAGGCUAUAAAAAGUACCCCAAGGUACUUUGUGGAGUGUUGGCUUGAAGCAGGAAGAGGCCUAGAUUAUAGGUGGGCACCAGCAUUCCUGGCUUAAAGGUGUCUAAUCUAGAAUUUGUGUACACACCCAUUUGCCUGGUCUCUGUGUCUCCAAUGCAGGCUUCUGCCAAAUCCACACUGGCUGGAUUCUGACACCACAUCCUAUAAGGAUGUUUGGUAUUAAGACAUUCCAAAACCCCAAUGGAAAUGGUGCCCCUACUGGGGGUCACUGACUGCAUCAUCUAAAAAUGAAAAGCAGGAGGGGAUGUAGAGCCAGUCUUCUGUUUGAGCCCUCCCUUGUUUACACUUUAUGUUGAGUCGUUGAUUUUAAAAUUUAGUGUCCAUAAUUUAUAGCUUGUAGAAAGGAUAAAGGAACAUGUUUAACUUAGAAAGCAGUAUUGUUUUGUUAAAUUAUUCCAUUUUAUAUGAACUGUAGCAGGACUACACAGGAGAGCUUAAGUUAUGGCAUUAUUAUCCUUGUUGUUUCAUUUUAUGUUGUCAUAAUUUUCUGUUGACCAGAAGGUGUGGCUUAUGAUGUAGCACAAUGACUGUUUCUUGAUAACCGUGAAUUAUUAUGGACUUUUGUGGGCCUAGUGAAGGUCUGGAACUGCCCUCUGGGAUGCCUGGCAUUCCUCGGUAUAUUCCCUGAAUUCCUGAAUACAGCAGCAAUGGUCUGAGGAGAUGGGCUCUGCCCUGAUGUCCAAUGGGUACACUGUGAUUUUUGUUUUUUACUUGAUUGUAAACCCUGAAUGGGCAGAUGACCAAGUAGAUGACCAAGUAGUUCCAAAGUCUCUAAAGUUAUAGACUUUCUCAGCUGUCUUAAAAAUAAAACCAUGGCACUCUAGUAGAGACAAAGAGAUGUAAUGCUCAGACAGUGAGUUUCUGUGGGGGCUCAUGAAGUAGUUUCCAGCGUGGACAGCAAAGCAAGUCAUCUCCUGCCCGCUAGCCCCACACGCUGGGAAAGACAGAAAGACUGGAAGUGUGUAAUGGCAGCCGUGAGGUGCUUCUGCAGCAGAUGUGAGUUCUAGGAGCUGGAGGCACUGGGGAGUCACAGGGCUGGGGAAAGGCAUCAGAGGCAGCAUUCUCUCAUCCCUCAGCCUCAGGUCCCUUACUCCUCGGAACUGAGAUUCUUUCUGUCCAACACAAAGCAGGGCCAGCUGUUUGUGCUGUUCCGUGCCCACCUUCAGUGGCAGCAGAGAAGUAAGAAGGCCAACUUCUGUCUGGUGUCCUUCAGUGUCGGUCCUCCCAGGGAGCCCACCCGAUACCUCAGUCUUCAUCAGCAUCCUGAAUCCCCAUCCCUGUCUGUCACAGUAAGGCCACCUUUAUCUAGACCAACUAGUAUAGGCAUGCUAGGGGGAUGGUGUUGACUCCAGUCAAUCACUGUAUUGUCAAGACAUGAAUAAAACCCACACUUUUGAGUAGAAUUAUGGUUCUAAGCAGGGUUGGAAGGGAAAAGCAGUCUCUCCCCUGGCUUUCCUCCACAGCCUGCUUUGUAGGGGCCAGGACACUGAGACUGACUGUUUCUGUGACAACAUCAUAGUCCUCAGAAGUGGAGAGCUCAGGGACAUGAGAGCCAAGUGCUGCUAGCCACUACCACGCCUUGGUGCUUCGAAGAACUUGCCAGACCAACUUCAAGCUUCGUGGCUGACUACAGGAUGAGUGUCUAUGCUCUUUGGCCAUCUGCUUUUGACUGACUACCAAGAGGGGUUUCAUUUGUGUACUGCCCCCAAGCACUGGAUUUUCUUUCGUUUUCUAGAUCAUGUCUGAGUAAGAGUCCCUCUUCAAAUUGCUUAGCACAGGGAUGGAGAUGCAUAUGUCCACUUUGAAACAUGCCUGACCUCUGAGCUAGCUGCAGGACUGUGGAAGAUCUGCCCAGGACAAUGACGUGACAUUGUAAGGUGACUUGGUGGCCUGCUUGAAGACUGAGUACCUUAAGCCUUUUUAGUUUCACCAACUUAACCCUGGAAUUAGUCAUUUUGAGUAAGUACUGUCUAGUACUUAUUCAGGGCCCCUUUGUGUCAAGCCAUCCCCCUAACCUCCUCUAGGUGAUGGAGGUGAUGGCUUUGGAGUUCCUGUCACUAUCUCAGGGUUGUCAGUGUUCCCCACGAGGUAGCAUUGACAUCUUCUCAGUGGGAGUGUUCCCAUUGAUUAGUGGUUUACUGUUUUCUCUCAUGCCCUGAUAUCCCAAAGUUUUUCAUUGUAAUUUUUUAUUCUUGGAGAACUUCAUACAUUAUACAGUGAAAUAUGAUCAUAUUCACUCAUUCCCCCUGCAUAUCCCACCCGGAACAUCCUCCUCCCAACUUCAUGUUUUUGUUCGGGUUGUUGUUUUGGUAGUGUGUGUGUGUGUGUGUGUGUGUGUGUGUGUGUGUGUGUGUGUGUGUGUGUGUACAGGGACACCCACUGGGGGAGCAUGGGAAACUAACAGUGAACCUCUUCCUCAAAAGAGUGAUUCUCUUCCCCAGUAGCUGUCAACUGCCAUAGCUCCUCAAUAGGAAUCACCUUCCCACAUCAAAUUCUCUUAAAAAAAAAAAGAAAACUUUCUAGCUGGGUAUGGUGGCAUAUUCCUUUAAUCCUAGCUCUGGGAGAGGCAGAGACAGACAGCUCUGUGAUUUCAAGGCUAGCCUAGCCUACAUCCAAGCCAGCUAGAGUGAGUUGGUGAGACCCUGUCUCAAAAACAAAAAGUCAAAUCCAAGGAAUUCCUGCCCUACUCCACAUAUACCGUGCUUAUUUCUCCAGAAACCAAAACUCUAUCAUAUGACACCAUGGACUGACUCCGCACUACACACCUCGGGUAGUAUCAUUUACUGAGCACCGUAUUGCUCCCUGAUGAGCCUUGCUACAGCUCAGGGCCACUCAUGGCAGCAUCUGGAGCGCCAUUCAUGACUUGGUGCAGUUGGUGUGCGGAUUGUUUAUUAACACAGCUCUGAGCUCACAACUGUUUCCUAAAGAUGAUUCUAGACCUUGAGUUCCCCGAUGGGCAAGCACAGGACCAUGCCAGACAUCUCCUUAUAGUCCCCAAGGCUGACAGGGGCAUGCCAUGACCAAGGCCACUAGCCUUUAUUCUCUCCCUUGGGACUGCAGUCCAGUUGACUAAGCACCAGUGGCAUCUCUUCACCCACACUGAACUGAGCCAGACGAGCACGUUCCUCCAUGUCUAUGAACUGGAGGUUAGGGUGUGCAGUCCGUUACUUGCUUCUGCCCAAAAUGCUGGGAGAAUAAUGUGAACUUUUUUGUCAAGAUUUCUCUUCAACUGUCAGUAUGGAUUCAGUGCCUUUCCAGGCAGCAAGGUUUUUCUUUGCUGAUGCCAUAGAACAAAUGUCCCAACGUGCUUACCUCCCUCUAGCCUGGCCCACUGGAUGUGUGUGUUCGCUUAUCUGCGUGGCUUAGGUUGGCACUGCAGAUGGCUGUUCAAACAAGAAUGAACUAGGCUGCUGAGUGAAGGAUCUGGUGGGACCCAGAACAUUUCUCAGGGACAGGUGGCUGAGGAGGAUCGCUGUCAGAAACAGGGAAAGGCUUUGGCAAAUGCCACAUGGCGAAGGCGUGUCAGCAGGAAUUCAGGGGCCACGUCCUCAGCAUAUGGCAAGGUCACUGUCAGGAAGCUUCCAGCACAAUCACAGCCCUGCCUGCCAGGGCCCCUAUACAGCACUGGAGGUCACUAGUGUCUGGCCAAUGGCCAUGGUCCUCCGUGGCUACAAGCUAGAGGGCCCAGCCACAUGAGCAAGCUCUUAGGAAAAGGUUAUCUUGACCACACCACCCCAGUGGCUCUCCACCUCUAGAAUUCCACUUCCCAGAGGAUGAGUCUUUUUUAAAUGUAUGUAUGUCUGCCCCAUCCCUCCUUCUCUUUCUCUCUGAUUAUUUAUUAUAAUAACUUGAGUUCCUGCUGAUUUAGAGCAAAUGAAUUUCUUUCUUGUACCUAAGUCUCAAAGUGAACUCCCUUGUCUCCUGGAAACUCCCGGGUCGCAGGCUCUUUGUCGUGUUCAGAUACUGGCUCUGGCUUUGUACCAAACAGCAGUGGGAACAAGAAUGAUUAUGGAAACAAACCAAUGCAUGAAAUUAAAAAGUAUACCUUA